CGCACGUCGCGUCGUCGCAUAAAUGCAAGGGCUGCCUUAAGAAUGCGUCAAGUACGUCCGCGCCGCCACGCGGCGGCAGCCCGCGCCGGCAGCGGCCGUGCGACGCGCCGGAAGAGCGGCGGGGCAGCUGUGCCCAUCCUCCCACUCCUGCUGCUGCUCGGCACGAGCCCCGUCGUCUACGUCAUGUUGCGCUACGAGACACCGGACGACGCGGUCGCGCCACCGCCGGCGCCGGCGCCGAAGCGACCGCAUCUGCGGCCGCGCGCCCCGCCGCCGCCCCGGCCGGACCCGAGGCCGAACAAGCAGAUCGCCGGCCUCGCCGAGCGGGCGCGCCUCGAGCGAGAAAAGGCCAAGGCCGAGCCCGUCGCCGACAUCGGGCUCCCGCCCAUGUACGGCGGCCCCGCCACGAAGCCGAAGACGCUCGGCCUGGACCGGUGCGCCGCGUUCCGUUCAGCUCAGGGGCCGCGGGGCCGGCCGGCCGUGGCGGGCCUCUUCAACACGGGCACGAAUUUUCUGAUGAAGCUGCUGAGGCUGAACUGCGAUUUUCCGGACGCGUGCCCCGCGCAACCGCACAUAAAAGUAGAUAAGGACAACCCCUACGAGGCGGAGAUCCGCAUCAUGGCCGAGAUGCAGAUGGCGCGGCGCAACAAUUGUAGUCCGUUUUUGCUGCAGGUGCCGUGGGGGAAGCACAACCCCGUGGACUGGCGCGGGCAGCACGCGGCGCAGGGCCUGGAGGGCGUCGAUGUCGACGGUGUCCUGCCCGUGGUCGUGGUCAAGGACCCGUUCACGUGGAUGCGGAGCAUGUGCCGCAUGGAUCUGUGUGGAAAUCAAGUCAUGCUCCGCGGCCCUGGUUUCGGCUCAAACUCGGACACGAUCUCCGAGAGAUACACGCGACCAACUGGCCCGAGCGGCACCUCCCGCAACCCACGACACGCCUCACAUUGAAGGGCGCUUGAACUUUGGUUGCCUCACAGGUAUGGAGUACGCCGCGAAGUUCCGGCACGGCCAGGCCCAGUGCUGCCCGCACCCCGUCAUGAAGACGAGGACAGUGGUUAGGUUUCGUCGUGAAAGGCCUCCCAGAAACUACACGUCCAUCGUCGACAUGUGGCGCGAGUGGAACCAGGCCUACGUGGACGUCGAGUUCCCCCGGCUGAUGGUGCGGUACGAGGACUUGCUCUUUAACAGCCAGGAAACCACCAAAGAAGUGUGCGAAUGUGCGGGCGGGAAGAUGAAAGCCGUGUUUGAUCCCAUUGCGGAGGGCGCGAAAGGCGGCGCCGGGCAUGGGUAUCAUGAGACCGGGCAUAAUGUGGCUGCUCUCAAAUUCUCGAACGAGAGUCUGAGGUACGCGCAUCUGACGGACGCCGACGUGGCGUACGUGUUGGACCACGCCGGGCCGUUGCAAGACAAGUUCCACUACCCCGCGUCGAUUAGUCGGAGGAGAUUGUUCGGCGAGAAACGGAUCUGCCAGCCGGACCGGGAGAAGUGGCUGAACUCGGUCGGUUUAAAGACGUCACGGGACGGCCCCGUGCCCAUCGACGACGAGUCGGACGGGGUGGUGGUCAACGGCUUCUUCUUCCGGAACCCGAAGAAGCCGCGGCGGCCGGGCCAGAUCUUCCAGGCCAUCCAGAAGGCGAACCGGGCGCACCGGGGGCACCGGUGAGGAUCUUAAAUUUAAUUAGUCUAGGC